UAUUCCUGAUAGCAGUACCAAAACCCACUUCAGGGGAAAAUGGGGUCUCUCAUGGCCUCUAUUACUCUAACUCUUGCAUUAGCAAUAGUCUCUCUAAGCUUGCCAAACCAGGUUUCAGCAAACAGCUACAUUUAUUCAUCUCCACCACCACCAAAGAAGCCUUACUAUUAUCACUCUCCGCCACCACCAGUGCACUCACCUCCUCCUCCAUAUCAUUACUCUUCACCACCACCUCCACCAAAGAAGCCAUACAAGUACCCUUCUCCUCCACCACCAGUUUACAAGUAUAAGUCUCCACCCCCACCAGUUUAUAAGUAUAAGUCCCCACCACCACCACCUAAGAAGCCAUACAAAUACCCAUCUCCUCCACCACCAGUUUACAAAUACAAGUCUCCACCACCACCAGUUUACAAGUAUAAGUCUCCUCCUCCUCCACCAAAGAAGCCAUACAAAUACCCUUCACCUCCACCACCAGUUUAUAAAUACAAGUCUCCUCCACCACCACCAAAGAAGCCAUACAAGUAUGCUUCACCUCCACCUCCAGUUUAUAAGUACAAAUCUCCACCACCACCAGUCUACAAGUACAAGUCUCCUCCACCUCCAGCAAAGAAACCAUACAAGUACCAUUCCCCUCCACCACCAGUUUAUAAGUACAAGUCUCCACCACCACCAGCUUACUAUUACAAAUCUCCUCCACCUCCACCAAAGAAGCCAUACAAGUACUCAUCUCCUCCACCACCCCCAUACAAGUACUCAUCUCCUCCUCCUCCACCAUACAAGUAUUCAUCCCCUCCACCACCCCCUUACAAGUACUCAUCCCCUCCACCACCGCCAUAUAAGUACUCAUCUCCUCCUCCUCCACCUUACAAGUACUCAUCUCCCCCACCACCUCCGUACAAGUACUCAUCUCCUCCUCCUCCACCCUACAAGUACUCAUCUCCUCCACCACCCCCGUACAAGUACUCAUCCCCUCCUCCUCCACCUUACAAGUACUCAUCUCCUCCACCACCCCCGUACAAGUACUCAUCCCCUCCUCCUCCACCAUACAAGUACUCAUCUCCUCCACCACCCCCGUACAAGUACUCAUCCCCUCCUCCUCCACCAUACAAGUACUCAUCUCCUCCACCACCGGUCUACAAGUAUAAGUCCCCUCCUCCUCCACCUCCUUACCAUUACUCUUCACCCCCACCACCACCAAAGAAGCCCUACAAAUACUCAUCUCCUCCACCCCCAGUUUACAAAUACAAGUCUCCUCCUCCUCCUGUCCAUUCACCACCUCCACCACAUUAUGUAUAUUCAUCACCUCCUCCUCCCGUCCAUUCCCCACCUCCACCACAUUACAUCUAUGCUUCACCUCCUCCCCCUUACCACUACUAGAUAGUGGUUUAGCAUAGCAUCUCAUGGAUUUGAAGUAUAUUUGCAAAUAAGAACAUAGUGGACAGGAGGAAGAUGCACUUCGCAAUGACCCAAAAGGAAAACAACGGAAGCAAAGUUUCCGCGUAUUUUGUCUUUUAGAAAAGAAAUUAAGAAGUGCCACUCCUUUUCUCUUUGUUUGUUUUAUUCAAUUAUUAUUGUGUAUUUAGACAGUUGCAAGGCACUACUUUUGCAAUACUGUCAUUGAAUUUUCAUGAAUGUAUUUUUGUUCGAUACUUAAUAAGUUUGAGAGGAGUUGUGAAGCCAUGACUAUAAUAAAAUAAAUAAUAUAUCUUUUUGUCUUA